AUGACAGACACGAGAUGUGAACUGAGCCGAAAAUUGCACCCAACGCUUGCCAGAGGUCGUACUCGCACAGGAUGUCUGGCGUGCCGACGGAGCAAGCUGAAAUGUGACGAGGAGAAGCCCAUAUGCCGGCGGUGUCAGAGGCUCCAGCGAACGUGUUCCUACGUGCCUCGUUCGACACCUCGACAUUACCAUGGAACUCAUCAGACUUGUGCAACACUGUCUCUACAUCCCACUCCCGGGCUGGCGGCGUCUCCUGCAAGCACAAGCCACUCGGUAGCCUCCUCACCAUCGUCACCCUUACCCGACUACGCCGCCGUCAUACCCGCAUCAUCGCUUGGGCGAAAUCCUGGGAUCGCUGCGCUGGAUCGUGACAUACUGAACUCACCCCAAGCAUUGUCUCUGAUGACAUCGCAGGACAUCUAUCUGUGCACCACCAUUGACCGACUUGCAGCCACCGAAGCUUGUGCACAGCCUUCGUUCGACUAUUUCGUCGGCCAUGUCUCGGCGGCCACCAUUUCUGUGAUAGAUGAUCUGAACUGGCAAGAAUUCAAAACCCAAACUACACGUCUUGGAAACCAUCACAGGACGAUCGCGGCUGCCAUCUUAGCCGUGCAGGCACUCUACAAGGCGCUGAAACUGGGGGUGCCCGUGUCGAAAGCGGUCUAUAGCCUGCACGAUGCAGCUAGGGCUGCUUUUCGGACCAUGUUAAGUGAUGAAGCAGAACCGGUCACGCAGACACUUCAUGUGGCCUUGCUAUUAAGCCUGUUUGAGAUGCUCGUGUUCGACGAGACGGGCCUGACACUGACAGACCCGGAGAUGUCGUUGCGUUUCGUGGAGAAAUUGAAGGCGACUCACCAUCUCCUUGAGCCGCAGGAUCUGAGGAUAUCGGCGUGGCUGAGACUACUGCAUGCAUCUGGACGCCGUGGCGGCAAUCCUGGUCUCCUCUCAGAGAGCCUUCUCCGAAAUCUUCCAGACCAUGCCACGAUCCCAUCAACACCACACAUCGAUCCAAGGCCACGGGAGUCGCUGUUGAGAUACCUCGGCGCACCAUUGUUCGACUUCCGCGUACACCUAGAAACCAUUUCAACCCAAGUGGCAGAGCUCAGCCACUAUCAUCGCUCUCGCAUCACCCCGGCGGAUCAGGACGAAGUGGCUCUCGAGAUGCAAUCCCUGAAGAAUCGGCUGUACCAGCUAUGGCAUCACCGGCCUGACAUCUGCCGUCUCGCUCCCACCGAUAUUUACGCAUACUUUGCGGAAGAAAUUGCUCGACCAUUGAUCACGGCCAUCGGCAUUGCCAACGCCGCGUAUUACACCGAGAUCAUCGAGACUGGUCGGACGUUGUCCGACCCUCCUCUGGCGUCCUCCGAAGCAAAGUCGGCCAUGGCAGAGAUCAGAAAGAUGGUCGAAGCGGCAGAUGAGUGGAAUCUGUACAAUGAUCAAGGACAUUUGAGCGCUGGCUACUUGCGUCCGCUCUUUCUGUAUGCAAUCGAGUCAAUACGCAAGGAAGACACAUUGUGGGCGGUGCAGAAGUUGCGAGAGAUCAAGGACCCCAUAUGCCGCAGCGACCUGUUUGCCACCUUUGCGGACGGGUUGACCGAGGCGCAGAGGAGCAAAGGGAGACGUGUUACGACCAAGUUCUUCUGCCGGCAGAACUAUGGAAUAUCACCGCCAUUUUGUUGA